AGCCGGGGCGUCACGGGCAUUGGGUUCAGUAACGCCUGUGUAUAUACAGGUACACUAGCUGUCCCUACGGAUUGAGAUAUGAUUUUACAUACAUCUGUAUUGGUCCCCAAACACUUAACUGUCUGAGUAUGAUUUCCACCUACUUAUAUGUAGGUGAAUAGCAGUUACAUGUACCACUGGAGUGUAAAAGGAGAAAUACCAUUCUGUAGAUUGUGCUCAAGUCUACACUGCUGUUUCAAUGGAUAUGUGCAUCUGCCGGGAGACUUGUCUUCUAUACCGUGUUUUAAGAUAACUUGUAAGGAUUUGGUGUGUGUUACCUACAAGUGUUAAUUUGUGUGGUUUUCGCGUACAGUAAUCAUGUCUGAUAAAGGUUUAGAGAUGUCAGCCCAGGAUCAUCCUGUGUAUGAAAGCCACAGGCAACAAGUGGACCGAGUUCUCAGCGACUUGUCCCGUGGCACCUUGCUCCACAAGGUCAAGAGUGGGGGCAUGUUGUACCCGCGUACGUUCUUCUUAGACACAAAAGACAUGGUUCUACGCUACACGGGCUCGGAGAAACGCUUCCGUAAAAAGAAACUUUCAUGGCAAAUUUCCAAGAUCCGUGAAGUUCGGGACGGAGAAAAGGAUUACUCCAAAAGAUUGGACCCUUUUGAUACGCCAGCACUGAGAGGGCGUUGCUUCGCAGUGAUAUUUGGAGCCAACCAUGAGGUAUUGUACCUGUACUCCAACUCCAUAUACGAGCGGGACAUGUGGGUCAAGGGCAUCCAGUUCGCCAUUCACAUGGAACAGUACAUGGACCAGAAACAGCAGGCAGACAGAUGGAUCAAAGAUGCCUUCAAUAUGGCCGAUAAAAACAACGACGGCAGUCUGGACUUUGAGGAAGUCAUGAAGCUUCUGAAGCAGUUGAAUGCCGACAUGGAUAAAAAAUACGUCAAAGCCUUAUUUGAUAAAGCUGACACAGAGAAGUCUGGUAAAGGCAGGUCUCGCCUGGACAAUGCUGAGUUUGUACAGUUCUAUCAUCUACUCACAGAGAGGGCGGAGGUUGAGGAAAUAUUCCUCAGAUAUGAUGGCGGUAAAGGGUAUAUGGACUGCCUAGAUCUCCAGCGCUUCCUCAAAAAUGACCAAAAGGUGACCAUGCAGGAGGACGAUGUCAACGAGGUCAUCGCAGCGUAUGAGCCUCAGAAACAAUUACAGUUAGAUGACCAUAUGAGCCUUAUAGGUUUCAGGACAUUCCUUACCAGUCGUGACCAACAGAUGUUCAAUCCAGCAUGUCGCCGCGUGUACCAGGACAUGACACAACCCAUCACUAAUUAUUAUAUCUCCUCAUCUCAUAACACAUACCUAGUGGAGGAUCAGCUGAAGGGCCCGAGCCGUGUCGAGGCCUACAUCACUGCCCUCUCACGCGGCUGUCGCUGUGUAGAACUUGAUUGCUGGGACGGCCCAGACGAUGAGCCUGUUAUUUACCAUGGUUACACACUCACCUCUAAGAUCCUGUUCCGUGACGUGAUUGGUGCCAUUAAAGACUAUGCCUUCCACUCUUCACCAAGGGAUCAGGGUGACAGAAGUUACCCUGUGAUCCUGUCCAUAGAAAACCAUUGUUCUAUAAAGCAGCAGACGGUCAUGGGCAAACAUAUACGCAACAUUCUAGGAGAUCUGGUGUAUGCACCGACAGAACUUCCAAACAAGAUUCCAUCCCCUGCUGACUUGAUGGGCAAAAUUGUCCUGAAGGGUAAGAAGCUGCCUUGGAGUCACAGUACAGAAGAAGCAGAGGUGAGUGACGAGGAGGAUGAGGCAGCAGAGAGCCAGGAGGAGAGUAAGAGCAAGGAUAAAAGCAAGCACAAACUUUCCAGACAUUUCUCAGAUGUCGUCGGCAUGAAGGCUAUUAGCUUCAAGUCUACAGACGAGGCCAUCGCAUCAAAUGGUAUUUUUGUGUCACUUGGGGAGAGCAAAGUUCUCAAGAUGAUCGGAAAUGAUAUAAAAGAUGUGAACAGACUUAGUCAACAGAUGCUGGUGAGAACGUAUCCUUCAGGGUCCCGCACCGAUUCCAGUAACUAUAACCCUGUACCCAUGUGGGCAGCUGGAUGUCAAGUGGUUGCGCUGAACUUCCAGACGACCGGUGCAGAACCGAUGCAGUUACUACACGGGAAGUUCCUGGACAACGGAGGCUCGGGAUAUGUACUGAAACCUGAAUUUAUGUUAUCAGCUGAGAAGUUUUCUUCACAAUUGGAAAAACCGACAAAGAAGAAGAAGCUGGUAAUGAAGAUGAUAAGUGGAUACCAGAUUCCUAAGCCUAAAGAUUCAAAGAAAGGGGAAGUCAUUGAUCCGUUCAUCAAGAUUGAAGUUCACGGAUCCAAGGCAGACAACCAACAAGUCAAGACAAGUGUUAUACAGAACAAUGGGUUCAACCCCCAGUGGAACGAGACGGUGAGCUUCAACUUGAACUCCCCCGAGUUGGUGUUAUUGCGGUUUGUUGUGUACGACAGCGACAGAUACGUUGAUGAUUUCAUCGGCUACUACGUCAUGCCACUCUCCUGUCUUCAGCAGGGGUACCGCCAUUUUCCAUUGUUCAACAAGACCGGUGACCAGCUGCCUCAGGCAUUAAUAUUUGUCCACACUGAGAUAGUGGAUGCCUGAUGAAAAUUGUAUUAUCUGUAGAUGACCAUCUGCUUCUCUUGUUGACCGUUUAGGCCUUAACAAGUAUAGAUAUACAAUAAGUCUGUAUCAGAAGAAGAAAUUUCACAUAACUUGUACCUAGAUUUGACCAAGCAUUUUACGCAGUAGUAACCUCGUGAUGGACACUCUGGGUGAAUCAGCCUUCAUUCCACUGAUGAAAGACAUGUACAUAUGUAGGAAUGUGACAAAUUUAAACUGAUUAACGUUGACUCGGUUGUAUGAAUCAUUUUGAUUCUGAUGGACGUGAGACCAUUGUAGAUGUAUUGGGCAUUAAUCUCUUGCUGGGUGCUGGACCAGUCAAACAUGUUACCUGGCCCAUUGAUUUGGACUGGAUAUCACGUGACUUAAAACCAGUAGACUUAUCGGGUCAGCUAUACACUGAUGGAGACUGAUAUGUCAGUAUAGUCAUUGCUUUUAUCAUCAGCUGCGACAAAAGUUUGGUACAGAAAUGCACGAAACAGUGCCGCAAUGAUUGAUUGAGUAUUAAAUCAGAUAGGAAUGGGUACUGUGUGGAACUUGUGACACUAAGACCUGAAUUAGAUCAGCUGUUGAGUUUAAGACUGAUCGAGAGCUAAGGCAGCUCUGAAUAUCAUAGACCGAGAGCUGAAGCAACUAUGGAUCUUUAGGCUGGAAGCUCAGACAUCUGUGAAACUUAUUGCUGAGAGGUGAGUCAGCUGUAGACUGAGAGGCGAGUCAGCUGUAGACUGAGAGGCGAGUCAGCUGUAAACUGAGAGGUGAGUCAGUUGUAGACUGAGAGGUGAGUCAGCUGUAAACUGAGAGGUGAGUCAGCUGUAGACUGAGAGGCGAGUCAGCUGUAGACUGAGAGGCGAGUCAGCUGUAGACUGGGACUGAAAACUGAGGCAAUUGUGGAAGUGGCAUCGCACUGAGGCACUUGUCGAUGGAGACUUGUGUUAAGGCAAUGGUGGAGGAAGGAGACUCGCAAAGGCAGUUGGCGUAGCCCAGGCUCCUGCUCAGGCAGUUAGUGAAGAUAGAGCCUUAAUAGUCGAGGCCUUUUGGGAGGAGGCCAAGAGUCAAGGCAUCUGUAUGAAUGGAUUGGAUUAACUUAAUACAUUGCCUUGUUCAACUGUACAUUUAACUAUUUUUAAAUAUAGUCGGUUUUUUUUUUAACCUAUUUCACUUCAUUUUUUUUUUUAUCUAUUUCACUUUAAUAUUAUGUCCAACAACAAACUUAAACUGCAAAAAAAUAAUUCAACUAUCACUUUCAUUCUUUAUCUUUACUGGUAAAUCAGAUUUAUAUUUCUAGGUGUGCAAGUUCAACUGCAUAAGUAUCUAGAUUUGUAUAAUGUAGUGAAAUAAUCUGAUGUUUGAAGGUGAAAUAGCCUGCCUUUCAUUUUCCAUCAGUCAGCUUUUUUUAUGCAAAAUUAAUUGUUUAAUUAUAAUUAUAACCAGUCAGCAUUGAACCAGCUACUUUAGAAAAUUAACCACCAGUUUGAUACUUAGCAAGAACAAUGCUUAAUUGUGAAGAAAAAUUUGACAAGGCAGAUUUUAUAUAUAUUUAUUACGAGUUCUGACUGUUAAUUAACAUACAAUUUCUCAAGCAGCAUUGAGUCAUGCUAGUUCUCAGUGUUAAGCGACUACUGGUGGUAACAUCACUUUGUUACUAACAGACCAGGAAGCUAUUUAAUAACCUGCCAUUUAUUUAUCUACGAAGAGAUGUGAUGUUUUAUACAAAUUGUGAUAUUUUAUAAACUUUGUGUGUGGUCUACUAGCUCUAUCAGUUGAAAUCAGCAUAAAACAAGCAAACAAAUUGAAAAACACUUGAUAUACAGCUGUUGAAAUGUAUACUGCUUGUUUACAUAAAAAAUAUCUUUCCAUUUUGGUGAUAACAUUUCACUGUUUUAUGUAUAGAAACAAAUGGUUAACUGUCAAUAAUAACAUAUCUUCACUGUUGUGUACUGUUUACAUAAAGGCAUCUUUACUGCAUGCUGGUGUACAAAUUAUAUUUAACUGUUUUUCAUUACUGCUGGUUAAAUUUGAUUAGUAUAUAGGUAUCAUGUAACAUUUAUCAUUUGGCUUGUGUUAUAUUAUGAAGGUGAUAUGUUGAUUGUCUUUUUCACUGCUGUUACCAUUUUUCGCCAAUAUUUGAUUGUGUAAAUAAUCUAGUACAAUAAUACAAUGUGCUAGUAUAUAAAUAUAUAUAUAGUUAACUUUCAGAUGACAUUUUACACCUUGUAUAGCCUAGUAAAUCUAUUACAUUUUUAUACAAAUCUAGAACUUCUUUAUACGGAAAAUCUGACAUGCUGUAGGGUUAUUGUUACUAAAUUCUGUAGGGUUAUCGUUACUAAAUUCUGUAGGAUUAUUGUUACUAAAUUCUGUAGGGUUAUUGUUACUCAAUUCUGUAGGGUUAGUGUUGUUACUAAAUUCUGUAGGGUUAUUGUUACUAAAUUCUGUAGGGUUAUUGUUAUUCAAUUCUGUAGGGUUAUUGUUACUAAAUUAUGUAGGGUUAUUGUUACUAAAUUCUGUAGGGUUAUUGUAAUUAUAAAUACUGCAGACUUAUUGUUACUCAAUGCUGUAGGGUUAUUGUAAUUAUAAAUACUGUCGAGUUAUUGUUACUCAAUGAUGUAGGGUUAUUGUAAUUAUAAAUACUGUAGAGUUAUUGUAACUCAAUGCAGUAGGUUAACUGUUACUAAAUGUUGUAGGGUUAUUGUUACUUUUGUGUUGUAUUCACACGAAACCUCAACGACUGUGGUACGAUAAGGAUCUAGCAAUGAGAUAAAGGGGUCUUAUUAUAGAGGUGUCCAAAGGGGUCUUAUAGAGGUGUACAAAGGGCCGGUCUUACAGAGGUGUCCAAAGGAGUACGGUAGAGAGGGUACAAUAGGGGUCCAGUCAUGUGAUAAAUGGGAUCCAAUGUAUUCUAAAGGGAUGUGAUAACAGGGAUAAAAUAUAGGAUCUGGCCGCGGUCGAGAUAUAAGGGGAUGUAGGGGCUGAUAAAAUAUAGGAUCUGGCUGUGGUCGAGAUAUAAGGGGAUGUAGCUAAAGGGGCUGAUAAAAUAUAGGAUCUGGCCAUGGUCGAGAUAUAAGGGGAUGUUGGGGCUGAUAAAAUAUAGGAUCUGGCUAUGGUCGCGAUAUAAGGGGAUGUAGGGGCUGAUAAAAUAUAGGAUCUGGCCAUGGUCGAGAUAUAAGGGGAUGUAGGGGCUGAUAAAGUCAUGGAAACAUUUAUUGUAUCAAAUUUUAAGUCUGUACUUUAUAGUUAGUGUAGCAUAUGUAGGAUAUGUUAUCAUGUAUAUGUUACGAAACAGAUUUGUGUUUUCACAGACACAUAUUACAAUGAAAUGUGUACACUUAGUACUAUUGGACAGUCAAUAUUGUAAUGUUUCAUUUUUCUUUUCUUUUUCUGUGAUUUUUUCCCCUUAAAAUUUAUCACACUCAAACUAUUUCAUAAUUAGAUUUUUAUCAAUGAAUAUUAGUGGUCCGUUUACAUUG